AUGGCCAUGCUCGGAAUGCGCCUCAUCCCCAAUGGGAAAUCCCAGCUCACGAUGGACGAGGUGGAUGGCCAAAACACCCCCGUCCUCAACUUGGAGCUCAAGCUGCAACUGCCUGUGUUGAACCUCCUGGAGGUGUUGGGCCAGAACUUCAUCCCGGCUAUGCUUGACCCGCAGACGGUGGGUGGCAAGGCAGAGGACGAAAGCACAAAAGGGGCUGAGCAGCCCGAUCAGUCCGAGAGCAGACCUGCCUCAUCUGACCCAGACAAUCUCUCGGACGACAACUCUCCGAUCGAAGCAAACCCACUCUGGACUGACGACGACAGCCAGGAUGUCGCGAAGAUUUGGGAACGUGAGCAGCCGCAGGAACAUGCAGACGUGGCUGUGGCUGGCUGGCAGCCACUUCCAAGCUCCAAGCAUGGAGACUUGGUCAGAUUGGCGAAGGCGCGAGGAGCUAAGCACGACUCCGUUGACAUGCCAAUGGACGGCUCAACGGGCUCGAGUGGUUCAGCAGACGGAAGGCUCUGGCUAGAGGUGGUUGAUCAGCUGCAGCAAAUGUGCCGGAGCAUCGUCUCUUCCCAACGCUUUCAUGUCCACUUGUUGCAGUCGCAGAACAAUAUGACAGCCAAGAUGCGCGACUUCACACUCUCCCUUGGAGACCGAAUGCAGAACCUCUCCAUUAACAUGAAAUCACAGACAGCCGGCCUGGCACAGCGACUCGAAGCUCUGGCACAAAGCAUGUCCUCGUUGGAAACCAGCCACGCGUCUUGGCCUCGAGCUGGCGGCCCUGUGGGAGCAGCGCCCCGUGCGGGGCCAGGGAGGCGAUGA